GAAAUGAGGAAGGCAAAAGAGCUGAUCCUACUUAAUCCUAAAUGGGGCAUCAGAGCAUAUGAUGAAAAGAAAAAACUUGUUGAGGCCGAUACAGGAAAAACGCCGCUGACUGAGGACCAAAUAUCCCACCUCCAGACUGAUCCGGACCGGGGUCUGAUCACAAGGGUCUGGAGAUCCAUGGAAAAAAUCCUCUUUGGACUCAUCCUCCUUCUUAUUUGUGUAGGAGUGGUGAUAGUUGGGUUCUUCAGCUGGCGCUACCACAGAGGUCAAGUGGAACGGGAACAGAAGUGUGUGUUUGAGCUGGUGGAGAAAAUCAUAGAUUUAGUGAAGGAUAAUUAUGAACUACACCAGGAGAACAACAGACAUCCAGAAUUUAUUGCUGUUUCCCAUGUCCGAGAUCAGCUGUUACCACCGAAACAAAGACAGAAGCUGAGGCCCCGCUGGGAAAAAGCCGUGAAGUUUAUCGAGGCGAACGAGUCGAGAAUCCGAAUCGAGAACCAGACAGUCCAGGGGGAGGAUUUCUUAGUCUGGAAGUGGCUCCCGGCUUGCUCCAAUGGAGGAAAAUACUGGCAGGGUCAAGCGUUUGGUGAGAACAACGCAUCGUCAGGUGGUGGAGGGGCCCUGCCCUAUAGCCCUACCCCGUGUCUGAAAAUCAGAAACAUGUUUGAUGCAGAAAUGGAAACAGACGAGGAUUGGGAAGUGAAUGUUCAGGAUGCCAUAUUGGAAAAGUGCAAAGGAAUUAUGGGAAUUCUCCAUAUCUAUGUGGACUCCAACUCGAAGGAGGGGUGUGUGUACAUUAAAUGUAACAGCUGUGAGACGGCCUACAGUGUGUACAAAUCUCUUCAUGGCUGGUGGUUUGAUGGUCGUUUAGUGACGGUGAAGUAUUUACGACUUGAACUCUAUCACAAUAAGUUCCCCGACUCCAGGCGAGCGCAGAAAUCCCUCCACCCCUCCAAUAGUAAGAAGGCUUCCAUGGCUCAGCCAUACCAUCGAUCUACACUGGAGAUGACGUAAUGUGUAACUGUGUCCAGAUUUCUGUGUCGACAUUUGAUGACGUAAUGCCUAACUAUGAUUGUGUAACAGAUUUUUAUGUCGACAAUUAAUGAAGUAAUGCGUAAAUGUGUCCAGAUUUCCAUGUCGACAUAUGAUGACGUAGUGUGUAACUACAAUUGUUUAACAGAUUUUUAUUUCAAAAUUUAAUGAAGUAAUGCAUAAAUGUUUCCAGCAUAUUUUUAUGUUGACAGUUAAUGAUAAUGCGUAAAUAUCAUUGUGUAACAGAUUUCUGAGUCAACACUUGAUGACGUAAUGGGUAACUAUGAUUGUAUAACAGAUUUCCAUGUCGACAUAUUAUGAUGUAAUGCGCAAAUAUGUCUAGGUUUCCAUGUCGACAUCUGAGUGCCUUGUAGUCAUGUAUAACACUGAUUUUUCUGUUGUGUAAGAGUGGGUCUGUCAUUACACCUAUCAGUACUCUCGGUACUUUGAUUUUGUUUGUACAUAACUCUUUUAACAGAGCUACUAAGGUAAUGUGUGAGAAAUAUAUAGGGCAUAAAAUUUCAGGACAAGAGUUUGAUGGUAUGUUUUUAAUUAUCAGUGAUUUUCAGUAUGAGUGACAUCUCUUUGUAUGGACUUUUAUUCAUCGUAUUAAAGAGUUAGUUUGAAAGGAAUUUGAUAAAAACAUUAUUUUCGACUGAUGUAACAAAAGAUCAUGUGAUUUUAAGUGAAACAUUCUAAGUACUGCAUAUAACACAUGUAUAAAGUAUACAGUAUAUAUACAUUCAUUUUUUUUCUCUGCCAGUAUUUUUUCACAAGAUCUGUAAGCUUUUUUUUUUUGGUACAAAAAAGAAUUUCUACAUUACAAUCCAAGAUGUCAUAUGUGCAUAUUUUAAGGGUAAAUGUUUUCAACAUAAACCUUCAAAGCAUCUUCUUCUUUUUUUGAUAUUACAUUCAAGAGCAUUACCAAAGAAUUAGGCAAAAAAAAAUUAAUUUCUUGAUUCUCAGGCCCUCCCUCAUCUCUUCCAAGGGUGCCUCAUUGACCCUCUUUAAUUGCUAAAUCAAUAAAAUAAAAGCAACAAAUCACCCCCUCAUCAUUUUUUGAGGUUUUGUAUAAUGUAAAAAGCUGUCUCAUCGUGUUUUGGAGGCUAUAAAUUUUUUUUUAAAAAUGCCUCCCCCCCUCAUCAUAUUUCUUGAAAAAAAGGCCCGAGAACCAAGGAAUUAACUUUGCUUGGCCUUACUGAAAUUUUUUUAUUUUGAAAGAAGUGCUUAAAUUCAGAAAUAACAUCAUGUGUAGCAAUUUUUCUGUGAAGUUUAUUAAGUUGAUAUGGCAAGUCACAUGUAAAAAUAACAGCAAUUCUUCUGUUGUUCGUAAGUUAAUGUUUGACUGUAGAAACCACAGCAAGAAUGGCUGUUGCUUGUUUAAUAGAAAUAACUUUUUGUGUAUGUCACAAAGAAGAUUUGGUUUAAAUGUUUAAAACAAAUACAGUUGUAUACUGUAAACAAACUUUUGUUCAUGACCACUUUAUUUCGCUAUUUAUCGGGGAUAAACUAGUUCCCAAGGAUUAAUGUUCACGAUCAAGCCUUUUUUUGGUAUCUGUUGUUGAUAGACAGACUUAAAGGAUCGGUUUGCCACGAGAAAUAUUCACGAUGUUGAUGCUCUCGCCAAACUCGCAAAAAUUUCUCGCACACGAAUAAAAGUUGGUUUACAAUUACAGUAUGUAGCAGACUACUAGUGUCUGCAUUAUAACGUGUGAGUAAAGUACAUUUCUCUGGUUGUAAGAAAUCAUUACAACUUAAUUAAUUGUAUUGGUAACCUAAUUAAUUGACGCUAAGAUGUUACAGAGACAAUUAAUUCCUAAGAAUAGGCCAGUGGUGAACUGUACAGACAAGUUGUUAGAGUUCUUGUUGAAGACAUUGCAGCUGAUUAUCAUUUGAAUACAAAGAACUAUAUGCGGUAUAUUGCAUAUCUAUCCACAAAAGAAAAAAUUGAAAAGUUCUUAAAAUGUGCUGAAUUUUAUAAAUUGUAUGAGAAAUAUAAAUUAACAGAUCAUAUUAUAGUUUCUAAGUAGUUUAUUGAAAAUUUUUGUUUUUAUGACGUCACAAACUAGCUCAAUAUUAUAUAAUUUUUUAG